AUGCAGCUCAUCACAAUCCUUUCCGCCGCUACGGCGAUGAUUGCGGGUGUUUCUGCCACCGACGAAAGGAACGCAGUCACGUUGACCGAGUCGUGCAAUGAGGCCGAACCUUGGGCCAAGAUCAUCAAUCGCUGCGAUUAUCCAGUAUAUAUCUGGUCUGUUUUCAAGGGCAACGGCUGCCCCACCGACGGCAUGGUGACGCUCAAGACGGGCGAAACUUACCAGGAGAAUCUCGCCGAUCCCAAAGGUGGUGUCACCGGUGUGUCCAUCAAGAUCUCAAAAGAGCAGCAGUGCAAACCCAACGAUAUUGUGCAAUUCGAAUAUUUCAUGGAGAGGACCAAGGGCGAUGAGUACGACUUCAACUACCUGGAUGUCUCUUACGUCGACUGUCUAGGCGACGAUUGCCCUACAAAGUCUGAGGGAUACUACCUUGUGGCCGGUAACCAGACCGGAGCAGAUACGGCCUCGGCAACUAAUCAGUGGUGCCCGAUCCUUUCUUGCACUGAUGCGGCAUCGUGCGCAAAGAUGUCCUACAUUCUCCCAGAUGAUGUUCAGACCAAGACCUGUAAUCUCGAUCAGAACGUACACUUCUACAUGUGUGGUGGGCAUGCGCCUGAUGGCGAUUCGGACGAACCCGCACAGUCUUCCAGCUCUUCCAAGCAGGCCGCGUCAUCUACAUCCAAGGCUGCUUCGUCCACGUACCAGGCUGCAUCAUCCACGUACCAGGCUGCAUCAUCAACACCCAUCGCCGCGUAUUCCGCACCCGCUGCAUACUCACACAAGACUAAGACCGAAGUCGUAUACGUCACCGCUUACGAGACAGUCAAAGCAAAGAGGCACGCCCAUGACCAUGCUGGCCGCCACCAGCAUUUCCACGCAUAA